GAACAAGUGAGACUCCCUCGUAGAGUAACAUGUUAAGAAAGAGGAAAGGUAUAAUAUAAAAAGAGUAACUUUAGAAUAUUUAAAAAUUGGAAAAUACACGAUUCAAAUGGAGUGGUGUAGAAUUUAAAUGCCCUUUUCUUAAGUUUUUGUCCAACGAUAAUGUAGACUCAAUGCACCAAAUUUUCCUUGGGCCAUAAAUUAAGUAACCCAACAAUUUGAUAAAGAUCAAAGAACAAAUCUAUUAUUCUAUGAAGCUAGAUCUAUCAAGUAUCUACCUUUCACUCUAUGGAUCCAAAACCAAUAAGACCUCGCUCGGGUUUUGGAAGUGACUCCGUUUUCCGUUCAUGUGACAGAGAGAAGAGAAUUGUCCCAGAUAGAAAAAUAACAGCUUGAGAAUGGCUCCAGCUCUUGAGGUUGGUCAACUGCACCUUAAAAUUUCUUAAGCAUGUUUCUCCCCUUGUAACUGCCACACUUCUGGUCUUCAAAAAGAGCAACAUAAAUUUGAGUAAGGUUGUUUUUAUUUAUUUUUUUAUCUGUUUCCUCCUCUUUCACGUACCCUAUAUGCGCCACUCUUUUUUUGUCUUUUUUGGAGUUCAAGGGUUGAUGUGUGUAUGUUGAUUGUUUUCCACACAAUGUGAGUUGGGUUCAAUCCCAAAAGAAGCAAAGACACUAACUUUAUUCUAGCAAAUAGGUAUACUUGUCAGUGUCUCUUCUGCUGAAGCUCACACACUGAGACACAUUUUUCUGAAAUGAAUUGGGUUCACUCUCAAAUCUGCCAUAGUACUGAUGCUAUCAACAACCCUAGUAGUAUUUGUUCUUCUUCUUCUUCUGCAUCAUUGCCUUAUAGUUCCGGCUACAAGAAACAACUAGCCUCUCCUCCUCCUCUAGCUUCUUCAUCUGGCACCAGAAUAAGCCCUGCACUUGUUUUCAUCUUUGUCAUUCUAGCAAUUGUGUUCUUCAUCUCUGGUCUCCUUCACUUUCUUGUUAGAUUCCUCAUAAGGCACAGGUCCUCUUCUUCAUCAUCAAUUUCUCAGUCUAAUAGGUACCCUGAUGACAUGUCUGAAUCUGAUGAUCCUUACCAGAGGCAGCUACAGCAGCUCUUCCAUCUCCAUGACUCAGGCCUGGAUCAGGCCCUCAUAGAUGCCCUCCCAGUUUUCCUCUACAAAGACAUCAUAGGGUUAAAGGAGCCAUUUGAUUGUGCAGUGUGCCUUUGCCAGUUCUCAGAACAAGACAUGCUGAGGCUGCUUCCCCUUUGCAACCAUGCUUUCCACAUUGAUUGCAUAGACACAUGGCUGCUGUCAAAUUCAACCUGUCCUCUCUGUAGAGGGAGUCUUUAUGAUCCAGGCUUUGCCUUUGAAAACCCAGUUUAUGACCUUGAGGGUGUGAGGGAAGAAGAUGGGGUUUCCGGAAGUGUUCCUGGUGAGGGUGUUUGUGACAACAAGCAUGCAGAAAACCACACAAUAAGUGGGAAAAGGGUGUUUUCUGUGAGGCUUGGGAAGUUUAGAAGCUCAAAUAUUGUUGAGGGGGUGGAAACAGGGGGUGGAGGUGAGAGUAGUACAAGUAAUUUGGAUGUUAGGAGAUGUUAUUCAAUGGGGUCAUUCCAGUAUGUGGUUGCUGAUUCAGAUUUGCAAGUGGCUUUGUGCCCCAAUAGAGGUGAUGGUGGAGGUGUUAGUGAUAGCAGUAUGAGACAAUUGAAAGGGAGAUUGACCAAUUAUGGAAAUUCUUCCACUGAUGAUGUUGAGGGGAAAAAAAUCAAUAUUACUAGGAAAGGUGAAAGCUUUUCUGUUUCCAAGAUCUGGCAAUGGUCUAAGAAGGACAAGGUUUCAAUUUCACAAGAAAACCAUUUGGGUGGUUCUAAUGUCACUGCAGCUCUGCCGUGGGUGAAUAGAGCUCUAGGUACAUGAAGCAACUCAGUAUUUUGUAUUUUGGGAUACUUACAUGUUUUCAACGAGUCCUCUUUUGAUCUGCUGUUUUUUCUUUUU